UUUUAACUCAUAUUUUUAAUUAAUUUUGAUUAAAAAUGUUGCAAAAGUUAUGGAAGUUUUUUUAAAUUUGGCAGCAGAAGAUUUACAUCUGAUGUCUACAGCAAUAACCAUCACAAUCAUAUUUUUAACCACAUUGACAGUCACAUAUCCUUUACUCCUUUGUUUAUUUUAUUAUAAGUUUACUUAUAUGUAACUUUUUCAAUGUGAAUCUAUUUUCCCCCAAAGUUAGUUAAAAUGCUUAGAAUUGGCAACAAUUUUACACACUAUCAUUGCUUUAGAAAAGAUAAACAGAAGCUGUGAGGAUAGUUGUAGUUUAACUUCUUUGUUGACUGGCUCUAUUGUAGUUUGAGAGAAAACCACAGAACUGCUUCCGCAAUUCUUAACAAGCCACAAAAAAGAAAAAAGAAAAGACACACAACCCAUUCCACUGUCUGUAGCAUUCAGUCUUGUCAGCGACCAACAAACAAAGGAUCUUCAAUCUGCUGAAAAAGGUGAACAACUGACUCAUUUCGACUUUCACUCAGUACGUCUUUGGCUCCUUUUACCCAAGAAAUUGAGUGUAACAGUACAUAUGUUUAAUUUCUUAAAUCAAUAACUAACAUAUAUGGUUUACAUAUGUUUUUUUUUCAGUCAGAAUGAUUCUCGUCUCUUUGAUAACUGCAUCUCUGCUAGGAGGAUCUUUUGGAAAAAGUUUUACAGAGUGCAGCUUUAGUGAAUCUGAACAAACCUCAUGUUUAGCUGCGGCUGGAAAAUUUAUUUUUAUUAACCUGAUGAACAAAGACUUUGAGGACUUGAAGCUCCUAAAGGAUGGCAAGUUUAGAAUCUUUAAGACAGUAAAUGAAUCAGUAAGAAUUGAUGCUCCCUAUACAAACAAAGUCAUUUUUUUCAAAAGCGGAACAAUCCAACUGAACAACGUUUCAAAGAAAGAUGCUGGAAAUUACACGCUUGAGGAGUUCAACUCCAAAGGGAAACGACUGAGAAAUUGCAGUAUCAAUCUUAAAGUAUUUGAUCCCGUGUCUGUGUUAACAUUGUCUCAGCAGUGUUUGUCACCAGAACAGAAGAAAGUCACAUGUUUGUUUGAAGGAGAUGAAGCAGAACUCAAUCUGACUUUGAACGAUCACGUACUUUUACACUCAAAUAAAUACAGUCAGGUCCUCAGCAGAGAUACAUCUGAAAGAUCCAGAGUGUUUAAUGUUUCUGUCAUCAUACAUGGACAACUUCUUGGAAACAUCACAUGCAAAGUCUGGAACAGUGUCAGCAGAAAUGAGAUGGAUAUUAACCUCACUGCUUGCAGUGGUGCAGGUAUAAACUAUCAACAGAGAAAUGAAAGACAAAUUCAAACCAAUAGUUUGGUCUAAAUCUAAUACCAUUUUAUUUCCUCCAGGUUUACAACAAGUCUAUGUGGUGGCAGCAGUUGCAGUUGUUUCACUCGUGCUUUUCGCUGCUUUGAGUGCCGCUCUAAUUGGACUUUGUAAAAAACAAAAACUCUCAGCAGGAAUUGCAGGUGAGUCAUUGAUAAAGUAUUCAGUAAAAAAUGGUCAUAAUGGCGACUGUGUUAAUAAAGUUCACUUCCCAGAUGACUUAAAAACUGAAGUUAUCUUCAAGAAAAUUAAAGUAAUAUAAAAUUAGUUAAAAAAAUUAACUACAACACAGAGCUUGACAAGAAUUUUCAAUAAUGCUUUUUAAAAGUAUUAAUACUUCAUUUCUUUCUUCUGUCUUUGCCUUAUUUAGUAACAUUUUACCAAUGGAUUACUUUACUUUACUUCAAACUUUCAUGCUAUGAGACUUAAACAUAUUUGUUUGCUUUAGAAAUGUUCAUUCUACCCAGUUUUGCCACAAGAUAAACCCUCAUUAUUUUUAUUUUCAAUCUGUUUGAUAUGUUUCUUUUUCAUUCUUAAAUGCCACAUACUGAAACUUUUUUAGGUGAAUGUAUCUUUUCAUUAUUAAAUCAUUCACUUUUUUUUUUCUUUAAUGCGGUUUCAUCAUUAUUAUUUAAGUGAUGUUGUAAUGUUUGUCAAAGAACUCUACCUGAGGAGGAUGAAAUAGAGAAGUUAUUGCGUUUUACAUGUAAAGCUUGAAUAUUGACCUAAAAACCUGCACAGUGCCAUGUGAACUUGAGAGAUUUGAACACUGAAUCCCAUUUUGCGUAUAUAGAUUUUAAAUUGGAAAUUGUCUCUAACAUGCAUUGCUGAGAGCAGUGUGAACCUACAGCCUAACUGUGUUAAAGUCUAUCUAGAGCUCGAAAAAGGUAAAAGAAAAUUGCAUAGCGAUGCUAAAUGCAAGAGUUUCGAAUGGUGAAACCUGAAAGGCUCUUUUAAAUGUGUUUACAUAGACUUUAUAUUGAAAGUGAUAGCUUAAACAUGCAUUACGUGAACGCUGCUUAACAGAAAGAAAAAUAUUACUAACAAAUUCCUGAAAUAACUCGAGCCACUAUUCUACACUGCAACAGCUGGAAAUACAAAUAGGUGUUUGGUGUCAGUGGCUUUGUGCUCAUCAUUAAAAAAUAUAUAUUAAAUGCAGUAGGUAACUUAUCUCGAGUCCAUCAGGCUGAAACAUUUUUAUUUUGUGAGAUGCACGCUCUGUCAUGUGUUUUAUAUACACCCGAGUUCUUUUGAUUUUGUUCUGCUUGUUGUUUGCAUAAAACUCACAGUUUUAACUCUCUUCAUGUCUUUUGUGCUGUAUGAAUAUGAAUAUGAAUGAAUUUUACC